CUGGCUCCCUCUGCUGCUCUCCCCGCCUUCACCACACCCUCCGCAACUCUCUCCUCCACCCGCCUCUUUAGUAGCACCCCCGCCACUUUUCGCGAAAAGAAGGAUAAGUCCUGGGUGCAGCAAGGCGAGGUCCCUUACCCCGAGCUCAAGUCCCACACCGAAACACCGGACGAGUCCCUCCUACUCCUCGACGUGCGCGAGCCAAGUGAGACCGCCCAGGGCAUGAUUCCAUCUGCUGUCAACGUGCCACUGAGCGAAUUUGGACCUGCUUUCCUCAACAAGGAAGGGGGAGGUGACUUUGAGAAGAAGUACGCCUUUGCUAGGCCGGAAUUUGACAAGAAGAUUGUGGUGUACUGUAGGAGUGGAAAGAGGAGUGAGCAGGCUAGGACCGAACUGGAGAAGGCUGGUUGGUGGAACGUACGAAACUACACGGGCUCCUGGCUGGACUGGACAGCUCAAGAGAAGCAGAGGGGC